AUUUAAACUCUUCGUGAAAAGAACAAGAUGGCACAUCCAGUCCUUACUGUCGAAUCUCGGGACAGCAUCUCCAAAAAAGCACAAGUCAAUUUGCUUCCCUGUCGCAUACAUCACGACGGAAACGUCGAUCCAAUUGACACAUAUUGGAAACCCGAGGAGGACCAAAAUCAGACAAAAACAGCUUAUCUUAGAGGCCGGAAACUUCAAAGCAAGGCGGUGAAAUUACCGAAGGGUUAUUAUGGUACUGUCGUUGAGAAGUCUGAGCCAAAGAAGCCUGAGGAAUCAAGCAAUGACCAAGAGAUGACUGAAGUCAUCGAAAUACAUGACGAUUCGGACGACCAAAUUGAAACAGGCGCAAUGCAAGGCAAAGCAACUUUUGACGAACUUAUGAUCUGGAAUCAUGAGUCCUUGGCUGAUUCUAGUGAAGACCCCUAUCUGAGAGGCAUGGAAGAAUGGAUAUCUUUUGCAGAACAGAUACAUUCAUAUCCCUCCAAGAACUCUUCUGAAGAGUAACUAAACUGAUAUCCCAUCGGUUCCAUGUACAUAUAAGUUAACGUAGCAUUAGCGUUGAAUACAGAGGGUAUACGGUAUAGAAACACCGUGCACAGGGACUGUAUG